AUGGAGAACGAUCUUCCUGCUUUGGUUGUUGUCAAUGGCAGUAGAGUAUGCAAAGCAGGACUUGCUGGGCAUGAUGCCCCAACCACCGUGUUUCCUUUUGUUGUUGGGAAAAACCGUUGGGAAAAGGACAUCUUUGUGGGCAAGGAAGCCCAGAGCAAAGGAGACGAGCUGGAUCUCAGCUACCCAGAUGUCUUUGGCAUCAACAACUGGGAUGCCAUGGAGAAGAUCUGGCACCAUAUCUUCUACAAUGAGUUGCAGGUGGCUCCAGAGGAGUAUCCACUCCUGCUUACCAAACACCACACUAGCCGAAAUUGCCACGAGGAGAAGUUAAUGCAGCUUAUGUUUGAGACCUUCCACGUGCCAUCUUGCUACUUGGCCAUCCAGGCAGUGCUGUCUCUGUAUGCCUCUCGCCAGACCACAGGGGUUGUCAUACAUGUUACAGGUAGACAUGCUAAAAUUGUUCCCGUCUAUGAAGGUCAUGCCUUGGAACGUGCUAUUAGACAUUUUGGAAUGGGUGGGAAUCACCUGACCACCUACCUCUCGCGUACCCAGCAGGACUGGAUCUCCAGAUUCAAGAAUGGCACAGAGAUCGUGAAGGACAUCAAAGAGAAGUUCUGCUACGUUGCCCUAGACUAUGAAUUGGAGAUGGCCACUGCUGCAUCCUCCUCCACCUUGGAGAAGAGCUAUGAGCUGCCGGAUGGGAACGUGAUCACCGUCGGCAGUGAACGUUUCAGGUGCCCUGAGGCCCUCUUCCAACCCUGGGUGGCAGGUAGAACUCCGACGUGGAACAGUACACGUGGCAUCCAUGAGGUGGCCUUAAAAGCUAUCUUAGACUGUGACAAAGACCUCCAGAAGGACCUCUAUGCCAACACUGUGCUGGCCGGUGGGACCACCAUGUUGCCCGGCUUUGCCGAGCGGAUGGGCACCGAGAUGACAGCCCUGGCUCCAAAGAACAUGAAGAUCAAUAUAACUGCUCCCUCUGAGCGCAAGAACUCGGUGUGGAUUGGAGGCUCGCUCCUGGCAUCUCUCUCCACCUUCCGACACAUGUGUGUAAGCAAGGAGGAAUACAAUGAGGCUGGCCCAGCCAUUGUCCGCCGCAAAUGCUUCUGA